ACGAAGGCACUGUCUUCUAAUAAACUUGAAUGCAUUCCCUCCCAUAGCCUCACUUCUCACUCUUCCCCUCCCAUCCUUCAGUGCACUAGGGAUUUCUCAUUAGUGAGAGAUUGCUCCUUUUGGCGAGGAUUUCAGCUGCCACGUUGAAAGAUCACUGGGCAACUUCCUUUACUACACUUUUCCAUUCCCCCACAGUCCCCCACAAGUUGAUCUCGUGGUGUAAUUGUCUCAAUCAUGACUUCUUACGAGAAAGGAGGAGCGAAUCCUGAAAUCGCAAAGGACAACUAUGAUUAUGAGAACCAAGAUAUCACUGCCAUCAAGGAAGGAACCACCAAUGAGCUUCCUGGCGAACAGCUGCAGCGUGGUCUGCAGUCACGUCAAGUUUCUAUGAUUGCUAUCGGUGGUGCACUCGGAACUGGUCUCAUUAUCGGAACUGGCAAGGCGCUCGCUCAAGCCGGCCCUGGAUCUAUCUUGAUUGCAUACAGCUUCGUUGGUCUUCUCGUCUGGAUUGUCAUGGCCGCCGUCGGCGAGAUGGCUGCUUGGAUCCCUGUUGCCGGUGGUUUCUCUCCCUUCGCUACUCGUUUCUGCGACCCUGCUCUUGGUUUUGCACUUGGAUGGACUUACUGGUUCAAAUACAUCAUCGUCACGCCUAAUCAAUUGACAGCUGCGGCGUUGGUCAUAUCAUAUUGGGUUGAUGCUGAUAAAGUCAACCCGGGUGUAUGGAUCACGAUAUUCCUGAUUGCCAUCGUCGCUAUCAACUACCUUGGUAUUCGCUUCUUCGGUGAAUUCGAAUUCUGGCUCUCUUCCAUCAAGGUCGUUGUGGUCUGCGGCAUUAUCAUUCUUUCUCUUGUUCUUGCGCUUGGAGGUGGUCCAGAUGGCGACAGAAAGGGUUUCCGUUACUGGAACAACCCCGGAGCUUUCAAAGAGUACAAGACUACUGGCGCAUCUGGUCGUUUCCUCGGAUUGUGGAGCUCUAUGGUCACAGCUGUUUUCGCCUACCUCGGUACCGAGUUGGUAGGUGUCACAGUUGGUGAAGCUGAGAACCCUCGCAAGACCAUCCCUAGAGCCAUCAAGUUGACCUUCUUCCGCAUUGUCUUCUUCUACAUCCUGUCCGUUCUCUUGGUCGGUAUGAUCGUUCCAUACAACAGCGACAAGCUUGCUUUUGCUACCAAGCAGUCCAACUCCGCCGCUGCCUCACCCUUCGUUGUCGCCAUUCAGCUUGCUGGAAUCAAGGGUCUGCCUGGGUUCCUAAACGCUUGUAUCCUGAUCUUUGUCUUCAGUGCUUGCAACUCUGAUCUGUACAUCGCAUCGAGAACUCUGCACGGUCUCGCUAUCCGCGACCAGGCACCCAAGAUCUUCGCAAAGACCGACAAGAGAGGUGUCCCAUACAUGGCCUUGGGCGCCUCAACUUUGUUCUGUCUCCUGGCAUACAUGAACGUCUCGUCGAGCAGCAAGGAAGUCUUCGGCUACUUUGUCAACUUGACCACCAUCUUCGGUCUCUUGACCUGGAUCUCCAUCCUCGUCACCCACAUCUACUUCCGCCGUGCUUGCAAGGCUCAAGGAGUUACCCCUAAGCAGCUCCCUUAUGCUGCACCUCUCGGCAUGUGGGGAUCUUGCUUCAGUCUCUUCUUCUGCUGCUUGAUCGCUCUGACCAAGAACUUUGCUGCCUUCACACACGACAAGUCUUACGGUAACUUUGAUUACAAGAACUUCAUCACUGGAUACUUGGGCAUUCCUCUUUACCUGAUCCUUCUCUUUGGUUACAAGUUCAUCAAGAAGAGCAAGGGUAUCAAGCCUCACGAGGCUGAUCUCUUCACUGGCAAGGAUGUCUUUGACCGUGAUGAGGAGUACUGGAAGGCUGUAGAGGAGGAGAAGUAUGCUAAGCGCGACGGUGGUUGGUUCUACAGAACCUUCCUGUCUUGGCUCUUCUGAGCGACUCGCCUUAAUGAUGGAGUCGAGGGAGGCACCAUGUUGGUUUGCCAUAUUACGAUAUUUCCUGUCUCAUAGGUUACGCUAGUCAAUCACGAUACGAGAUCAUUAUUCAAGAUACUUUGAUCUUAUUCUAAAUUCAACGUCAAACGCAAA